AACGUUCAGGAUGUCAUGCGAGGAGAGAGUCACCGCCGCUGAAGUGCUCCGAGUUUGCUCAGUGAUUUAACGAUAAUAUCAAAACAAAAAAACAUAUAUUUUUAAAAAGAGGAUUCAAUAGGCUAACUAAAAAACGUUUACCAUUUUAUUGUUUAUACUGUAGGCGAGCUGUCAGUCACGUAGGCUACGUCACUGAUCAACAGCUGUCAGGUAGCCAGCGGAAUCGGGCCAAUUGCGGCUGAGUGUCGGCUCACUCGGCUGUGUACUGGCACCGGCAUGCCAGAAGUGAGCCAGCUCUGGCCCAGUAAUGGUUGCCAGAUUUGGCCAGGCUUUGGUUGUGUGGAUCUGGCCCGAUUGUGGUUGACAAAUGGCACAUUAGGCACAUUCAGGCCAAUUAUGGGCCAUAAAUGCUGGCCUCAUUUUGCGUACCAUAUUGCCAUUACAGACCUGGAGAAGGUUAGGUUGUAUAUUGAGAGUGGUUAGAUCAGGGACAAACUUAUUGUUUUAAAAAAUAUAUUAUGCUCUGGCCUCUCCCUGUUAAUGUUUGUUAUUUUAUUGCAUUAGUAUUUUAAUUUUAUAUAAUUAAAUAAUUACCAAAUUCAGUAAUGGAUUAAAAUUAAUUUUAAAUGGAUUAAACAAUCAAAACAUACAAACAAAAAAGAAUGAAGAAAUCACCAAAGUCAAUAUAUAGUUUUUAGACCUAACAUUUUGCCACAUUCUCUUUUUUGCUUUGUUUAAUCUAUUAAAAUUAACUGAAUUUGGUAAUUAUUUAAUUCAUAAAAUCAUACAAUCAGUAACUGUCCCAUUUAACAAUGUUUUGUAGGGAUGGCACCCAAAAUUAUCAGUUAAUUCACUCCAUAAUCAGUAUCAUGUAACAUAAUGUUUCAAAUCUACAUGUAAAUGCUGCGUGACUUUUACGUGUUUUAAUGUGCGUGCGCGUGAUCAUUCGAGUCGCAUUUGAACUGGAGCGGAGAAAGUUGCCAUGGAAACGGUGCGGCACCUUUCAACUGACAAGCAGCGAACCCCAACUCUCACUGUUGUUUUCACUACUUUCAGAUUCCUUAGCACUGGGGAUUCUUUCACCACCAUAGCCGCCAGUUUCCGCCUUGGAAUUUCCACGGUGUCCAACAUUGUGAAGCAAACCUGUGAUGUCCUCUGGGAGACCUUAAAAGACACCUACAUGCAAGUCCCCAAUGAGGAGCUCUGGAAGACAACUGCCCUGAGAUUUUCUGAAAAAUGGAACUUCCCCAAUUGUAUCGGUGCUUUGGAUGGGAAGCACAUUGCGAUUCAGGCACCAGCUAAUUCUGGCUCCCAGUUUUUCAAUUAUAAGGGCACCUUUUCUGUGGUUCUGCUUGCCUUGGUUGAUGCUGACUACCGCUUCCUAGUGGUGGAUGUAGGGGCAUCAGGCAGCAAUAGCGAUGGUGGAAUAUUUUCCAAUUCUUUAUUGGGACAUGCCCUAAAUACUGGGACUUUAAACGUUCCAGAGCCUUCUCAUCUGCCAUCUGCACCAGAGCUGGGGGCGUUACCGUUUGUUAUUGUUGCAGAUGAGGCAUUCCCUCUGAAAACUUUUCUCCUCCGUCCCUACCCUGGAAGACGUCUGCCAGAUGACCAGCGUGUGUUCAACUACCGGCUCUCCCGGGCUCGACGUGUAGUUGAGAAUGUUUUUGGCAUUCUCAGCCAGUGCUGGAGAGUCUACCAGCGCUGUCUGCAAGUGGCUCCAGAGACAGCUGACAGCAUUGUGAAGGCAACUUGCAUCCUGCACAACUUUCUGCGAAGGGCCAAUGGGAACCACGGUGCAGAGCCGGACAGUUCUGAUGGCGCAGAGGGCAGUGAGCUGGUUGACAUCAGAGGUCUUCGAGGGAACAGGGCAUCAGCUGAGGCACUGAGGGUGCGGGACACAUUCAGACGUUAUUUUAACUCACCUGCGGGCCAAGUUCCAUGGCAGGUUUCUCAUGUGAACCGAGGUCUCCCUCAAUGACAUGGCUCUGAUUUAUUUUUGAACACAGGAAAACUGUUGCAUUAAAUGGAUUCACAAUGAUAAGCACACUGUAUGUGCCUCCAAAGCUGCAUUUAACAAAGCACACAACAGCACGCUUAUCAUUGUGAAUCCAUUUUAUACAAGUUUUCUUUUUCUAUUGAAAACCCCAGUUCUUAAAGGGAUAGUUCACCCAAAAAUGAAAAUGUGAUGUUU